CUUCAACGACUUUCCUUCGGAAGAGUCAUUCAUAUUUCUCAUAUGGCUCCCGCACAAUCGGAUUUAUGUCGUCCUACUGGCAGAACAUCGAGUAAGCAGCAUGAAAGCGGCUGGUCUAGUGCUCUAUAAGUUCUGCGACUUCGCUUUCUUGCCGCGGCCAAUCUGUCAUCUUUCUCGUUUGUGGCCUGCAGGUCCUUGUAACGGGCUUGCCGGGUCCCUGUCCCCAGGCGUUAAUUCUACCACAUGCCCUCAGUGGCCGGCUUUACAUCCAACCAAGCAUCGUGGGUUGAGCGAAGACUUGGAUGUGGCAUACAGCUCAGGAGACUUUAAGCAAAGAGCCAUUCAGGUCCUUGGAGAGGCAGUCCGUGUACCGACCGAAUCGUACGACGAUAAUGGACCAGUCGGUGAAGACAGUCGAUGGGAUACAUUCGCAGAACUCCACCGAGUUCUUGAGGCCUCAUUUCCUCGCGUUUACGAGUCCCUCAAUGUCACCAAAGUCAACACAUAUGGUCUGGUUUUUCACUGGCAAGGAUCAAGCACGGCAAAACCUUACAUCUUGGCCGCUCACCAAGAUGUUGUACCAGUUGAAGGUCAGACAGUCAAAGACUGGAAACACGAUCCGUAUUCAGGGUACUAUGACGGCACGUGGAUAUGGGGUCGUGGUACUUGCGAUGACAAAAGCGACUUGAUACAACAAUUGCUCGCCAUCGAUUCUUUGCUAAAGCAAGAUUUCUCUCCUGCACGCACCCUUAUACUCUCGUACGGAUUCGACGAAGAGUCCAAAGGCACAGAGGGUGCUGGUCAUCUUGCUCGAUACUUGGAAGAAACGUAUGGGCGCGAUUCUUUUGCCUUGCUUCUUGAUGAAGGAGGUCACUACACAGAUAUGGGUGGCAUUGUUUUCGCGGCUCCCUCAACAUCUGAGAAGGGAUAUCUUGAUGUCGAGAUCACGCUUUCAACUCUGGGUGGUCAUUCGAGCGUACCACCUUCUCAUACAAGUAUCGGUCUCCUCUCCCGUUUCAUAGCAGCGGUAGAAGAUAACCCGCACCAAGCCAGCCUUUCUCGAACAGGAACCCCGUUUGCGACGACGCAAUGCCUUGCGGCCUACAGUCCACUGUACCCUGACGACUUGCGAAGGCUCGCAAGACAAGCGGUCACAAAUGAUGCGGCUCUGAAGGUGCUUCAAGAGCGACUUCUGGCUUCGGAUCCCCUGUACAAAGCAAUGCUCGGGACUACACAAGCAGUAGACCUCGUCCAAGGUGGCGUGAAAGUCAAUGCUCUUCCAGAGCGUGCUAGUGCAGUGAUCAAUCACCGCAUCGCAGAGCAUAGUUCUGUUGGCGAACUGCAACAGCAUAUGAUCGACCUUUUGACCCCAUUGGCAGCCAAGUACGACCUCGCACUCGUCGCGUUCGGCAGCAACGUGACUUAUGGUAGUGCUGGUCGAGUCGUUCUGUCCGACUUCCUCGGGACAGCCUUGGAGCCUUCGCCUGUGACACCUACCGAGUAUGGCCCUUGGGCACUCUUGCAAGGAAGCAUUAAAGCUACUUUUGAGAGCUCCCCUACUCGCAACAGCAGCAAGGUCGUAGUUACACCCUCCCUAUCUAUUGGCAACACUGACACGCGAUUCUACUGGAAUUUAACCAAGCACAUUUUCCGCUUCUCGCCGUCCUUCGACACUGAUAGUUUCAAUGGAGCACACACUAUCAAUGAAGCUUUCCGUACAGACAGCUUGAAUGAAGGCGUUCGUUUCUACACCAAGUUCAUCUUGAAUAUGGACGAAAGUGAUUUACUGUGAACAACAUUGUUUUAUUUUGCCGUUGUUGGUGUCGCGAGUCUUAGCACGCCUCUUUGUUUUGC